AUGGCAUCAUCAUCAUCAUUAUUGACGCCAGAAUUACUUCGACUCUCAUCAAUACCACUUUCACCAUUGGAAUACUUUACCGAUUCAUCAAAUACGAUCAAUAUCAAAUCUGAUGUUGUUUUAGUAGUUGGUGAAAAAAGAUUUUAUUGUCAUCGUUUAUUAUUAACAUUAGUUUCACCUGUAUUUGUACGUAUGUUUGACGGACCAUUUAAAGAACAUAACGAACAAGAAAUAGUUCUGGAAGGAAAAUCAAGUGAAAGUAUACUUGAAUUAUUAAAAUAUAUUUAUCCACAAUUUAGUGGUCAGAUUACAAAUGAUAAUAUUGAAGAUUUUCUUCAAUUGGCUGAUGAAUAUAUGAUUGAACAUCUUAAACAACCAAGUAAAAAUUUUUUACUUCAACAACUUCAAUUAUUCAAAUUUGUUGUAUUACCAACACAAAAGAAACUUGAACAAUCAUCUUCAAAAUCAAAAAGUUUUCAUGCAAGUGAUUCAGCAUUGAAUUCACCAGGUAAUAACGAAGAUAAUUCGUCAGGACAAGGAAAUUCACGUCGUCCUUAUUCAUCAAACCGAAUGAGUUCAAAUUCUCGAAGUCCUACUACAAAACCCAGUUCAUCGUAUCUUAAACCCGGUGAUAAAACAGGGUCAUCGAACAAUCCAUCUCAUUAUGUACUUCUUCUUGAUAAAACUCAAAUGCCUACUUUCUAUGAUGCACAUAACACGCAAGUUCCAUUUAGUAAUAAUGAACUUGAAAUAUGGCUUCGUCGUCUACAAAUUCUUUAUCAAAUUGAUAAAGGUCGAAAUUAUGGUGAAGUUAUUGAUUAUAUUUUAAGUAUUCUUCAAUUUAUACCUGCUACUCUACUUUUAUCUCAUAUACAUCUGACAAUGAAUACUUAUACAACAGAUGAAAUUAUGCUGAAUGAUUUAGCUCGUGCACGAAUGUUUGCUCUUGAAGAAUGGGCCACUGAUGGUAAUCCACAUCGUUCAAUAAGUUUAACAGAAUCUUAUCGAGCAAUGUCUCCUACUGCUUUGAUUAUUGCUCAACAAGCAACAGCUACUAUAACAGAAGUAACUGAUGACGAAGAAAAUUCUUUUCAACCAACUGUAAUUACAAUGUCCGAUGAUGAAGAAAGAAUUCACUGUGCUAAAAAUUUACUUCAACCAGAACAAUAUAAAAAAUGGCUAUCAUCUAAACGUACUGAAGACCGUAUAAUAUGUAUUCUUGAAUUUGAAAAACCUAGUUUGAUAUCAUCUGUUGAUAUUGGUAAUGAUGGUAGUACAUUUAUUGAAUUAUUAGUUUCUCAAUCAUCAUCAUCAAAACCUGAUGAUUGGACUGUUCUUUUACCUUCAACAGUUUUCAUGACUCCAAAUGAAUCACGUUCAAAUAAAAAUCGUAAUCAAACUAAAGUUUUCAAAUUUUCUCAUUUAAAUAAAACAUGUUUAAAUGAAGAAUGGGAUCGAUUAAAAAUAAUAUGUGAACAAAAAUUUAAUCAUUCAAAUCAAUUUGGUUUAAGUUUUAUUAAAUUAUAUUCCACGAUCGAUGAUAAUCAACAAACAGAAAUAUGUAAUAAAUCUUUAACUGAUAUUAUUGAUGAUGAUAAACAUGUUUCAUCAAAUGUUACUGAUGAAUUAUUAACUAGAAAAUCAAUAAAUGAUAAUAAAAAACGAACAUCAAAAAGAAAAGAUGUUAAAAAUGAUAAAUCACAAAUAAUGAAAAAUGUUGUUUUUGUUUUAAGUGGUUUUCAAAAUCCCUUACGAUCACAAUUACGUAAUAAAGCAACAACAAUGGGUGCUACUUAUAAUGAUGACUGGGAUGAGAAAUGUACACAUCUUAUUUGUGCAUUUUCAAAUACACCAAAAUCUACACAAGUUCAAGAAACAGGAAAAGGUUUUAUUGUUAGUAAACAAUGGAUCAUUGAUUGUUUAAAAAAAAAUCAAUUAUUACCUGAGAAAUCUUAUGAAUUAAUAGAAACAAAGGAUAAUGACACAAAACAACAAACACCAAAAAGAAAAUCAGUAACAAAAAAAAGAAAAACACAAAAUGAUGAGAAAACUACUGUUUCAAAAGAUACUAAAAAGAGAACUCCUGUGAAAAAAAAAUCUGUCACAGUCAAAGAAGGUGCAGCGAAGAAGAAAAGAAUUGAAGAAAUACCAGAUUUUUUUCAUGGAAAACACUUUUAUGUAUCAUAUGGUGAUUAUGAAGAUAAUACACUUCUGGAUAUAACUCGAGUUAUUCUUGCUUAUGAUGGCAUUUUGGAAAGACAAAUUACUUCAGAUACCAAAUAUGUGAUUACUAAUCGAAUGUGGAAUCAAGAUUUUGCAAAGAUCUCAAAAUCAAAUCCCGAUAUAAAUUUUAUUAAUCUCGAUUGGUUACAAGAUUGUCAUGAUGCAAAUCAAUUUGUACCAAUGCAAUCAUAUUUAAUUGUUCCUUAG